CUCUCUCUCUCUCUCUCUCUCUCUAUCUCUUUGUGAAACAGUAGAGAGAGAGAUAGAGAACAUGGAAAAGAAGCAGCAAGCCAGGACAAGGCAGCCUCCUUCUCUCUCUCUCUCUCUCUCUCUCUCUCUCUAUCUAUCUUUCGCUCUCUCUUUCCUUCUUUCACCCGAUAAAUCAAAUCUCCCAACGCCCAUAGAUGAUAGACUAGUGUAGAAACCUAUAACAGAAUUCAGAAUUUGAAGGCUCCAAACUAAGCAACUAACCCAUAAGAUUUGCUCAACUCAAACCCAACCCCAGUUUGCUGGCCGGUAACUAUCUCCCCUACAAUCUUGCUUCCAAAUCUCAAUUAGGUCAGAUUUCACCUUCUUCUCCACGCUCUGGGUUCCUCGACUUGGGUUUGGUUUUCGUUUACAGGUGCCGAGUCCAUUCCUCUUUGAAAAUUUCAAAGCACCCAUGAGUUUUCUCAUGGACUGCUCUGUCUCUGUUUCCUCUGCUUUUUGCUUCAUGCUCAAUUUACGGGCUGGUUAAUAAAUUCAUGGCUCCGUGAAUGUUCAUUCCGCGGUUUUCCCAUUUCGAUUGGGUGAUCAUGGGUUCCACCACGCAGUUUCUGUGCCGUAAACUGCUUCUCUUUCUCCGCAUUUUCUGGUUCGCUGCCUCCGCCUUCUUCAGGAGAUAUCUUCUCAGUUCAGAGGAGAAUACAACCCGUUCCGAUAUUUCUUUCGUAGAGAAGACUGGAAAUGGUUCGAGUCCUAAUGAGCCCGAACCGGAGUUGUGUCCACAGAUUGACGCAGAGGCUGAAGCCGAACAGGACGCCGUCGGCUUUGUUGCCGAUGGGUUUGGCCAGAAAGAGACAUCUGAGUUCAGUUUCGAAUUCAAGUUUCCUACUUUUGAAGAAUUCAGUCGAAGCAGGAAAGAAAAUGGAGAUUCUAUAAGCUUUGGAGAGACCAACAAGUACGAGUUCAUGCCCAUGAAGAGUUGUUCCAGAUUUGUCGAAGAACCAGAGACCGUCAGUUUUGCGGAAGGACGAAGUACGGAUAAGGAUUUUGUCCAAAUUAGUUCUGAAGCAAAAGCGGUUGUCGAAGAAGUACCACAGGGGCAGGAGAAUGUUGCCGAGAAAAUUGAGGCAAUGGCAUUUGAGGAAGAGAAGGGGAAAGAAACAGAUGCCCUGGACGAGCAUGAUAGCUUCGAUCAAGGCGAGAAGGAGGACUCAUCCACUCUUGAUUCUGAUUCUGGGUCAAUCAGCUCUAGUCCUCUGCGCUUGAUUUUGAACCGUUUGAUUGAUUCAUAUAGCGAUGGUUUUCUCUCGGACGGAGAUUUUAGGGAAGAGUUCGAGCUUGACAACUUGGCGGAAAACAAUGGAGACGAGGUGGAAUUACACGACGAAUUGUCGGAUUUAGAUGAAAAUUAUUUGGAUUAUUCGAGCAAGGUACACAAGGAGGAUGGCUUCCAUGGAGAAGAGGAAGAUACCUACACGAUGGAAGAACUGAGGAAACUAGAAGAGGCUCAUUUGCAGAACGUAGGCAAGUUAAGCUCAGAUUUUCUUUCCGAGAAAGAUUUCCGAACGGAAGAAGACAAUCCCAAGAAUGAAGAACAUGGUAAAAAGCCGGCAGAAACAACAGCCGAUUCUGGGAAAGUCAGUUCGAAGAAUUCAUCGGACUGGGAUUCGGAGGAUUCAAACAAGUUGGAAUCAUUGUGGGAACAUCAAGAAUUGAUCGAACAGCUGAAGAUGGAGCUGAAAAAGGUCAGAGCCACAGGGUUGCCCACAAUUCUAGAGGAAUCCGAGUCUCCCAAGAUUUCAGAAGACUUGAAGCCCUGGAAGAUCGACGAGAAGUUCCAGCACGCUGAUCGAAUGGACGAGCUUCACAAGCUCUACAAAAGUUACAGAGAGAGGAUGAGGAAAUUCGAUAUCUUGAAUUACCAGAAGAUGUAUGCCAUAGGGUUUCUGCAGCUAAAGGACCCGUUACAAUCAGUGUCGAACCCAAAAUCGUCAGUUCCAUCCUUUGGGUCCAUUUUUUCACAAAGUUUGUUCCCAAGCAAACGCAAGAAAAUUGGAAGCGACCCUAUGAUGAAGUUCGUUAAAGAGCUGCAGGGUGAUUUAGAAGUGGUAUACGUGGGGCAGAUGUGCCUUUCUUGGGAAAUCCUGCACUGGCAAUACGAGAAGGCCUUGGAGCUGUGGGAAUCAGACCCUCGUGGAAUACGUCAAUUCAACGAAGUUGCUGGAGAGUUUCAACAGUUUCAAGUGCUCGUACAGAGGUUUACCGAGGACGAGCCUUUUCAGGGCCCGAGAGUUCAGAAUUAUGUCAAAACUCGAUGCGUCCUUCGCAAUCUUCUUCAAGUUCCAGUUAUAAGAGAAGACAGCGCCAAGGAUAGAAAGAAGGCGAUGAAAAGAAGAGAGGGAGGCGACGACGACUACUACAGCAUCACAAGCGACAUGCUGGUGGAGAUCAUGGAGGAGUCGAUACGAAUCUUUUGGCGGUUUGUUCGAGCCGACAAGUAUUGUUCCACCGGGGCUGCUGCAGCAAAAUGUGGACGAAGAGGAUCACCGCAUCCAGAGCUUCAGGACCCCCAAGACGCGGAGCUUUUGAUGGAGCUCCGAACAAAUCUCAGAAAGAAAGAGAGGAAGCUGAAAGAGCUGCUGAGGAGUGGGAAUUGCAUACUGAAGAGGCUGAGGAGGAGCGAAGAGGAGGAGUCGGAGCAAGUGCUAUACUUCUUCUCCCAAGUGGACAUGAAACUGGUGGCCAGGGUGCUUAACAUGUCUAGAAUUACAACAGAACAGCUAAUAUGGUGUCGCAAUAAAUUAAGCACCAUUAGUUUUGUAAACAGCAAGAUACGCAUUGAUCCCUCCUUUUUCCUCUUCCCCUGUUAAUAAUAAUUAUAAUUAAUAAUAAUUCAUUCUCUCUCUCUC